CCGGCGACGUUUCGUGUGCUUGACCGGAAAGAGAAGCAAGAAGAAAAGCAAGACCCUCCGCUUCUCUCUUUCUCUCUCUCUUUCUCAACUAGUUAAGGAAAGUAGCAUAUCUUCUUCCCCUCCAAACCUGGAUAGUAGUAGAGAAGAAGCCCUCGAUCUCUCCAAGCCUGUGCGGCUUUUAGAUCUCAAUCUCCUUCCGCCGUCUUAUCAUCUGGAGCUCCUCAGCAUCGGUUAGGCUCCAAGCUCUCAAUUCCUCCGUCCGGAGCUCGAACCAGGAAGCAAGGGGGGAAAUCCUGAAGAGAAAAUGGCAAGCCGGAUGAAGGAGGACGAGAAAAAAGAGAAAAUAAUACGUGGGCUUCUGAAGCUCCGUGCUAAUCGGAGAUGCAUCAACUGCAACAGUUUGGGACCGCAAUAUGUAUGCACAAAUUUCUGGACUUUCAUUUGCACAAAUUGUAGUGGAUUACAUCGGGAGUUCACCCACCGUGUCAAAUCAAUAUCGAUGGCCAAAUUUACUCUGCAAGAAAUAAGUGCCCUUCAAGAAGGAGGGAAUGAGCGCGCCAAAGAAAUUUAUUUCAAAGAAUGGGAUCCACAGCGACACUAUGUUCCUGACAGCAGUAAUCUUGAUAAACUCAGAGAUUUCAUUAAGCAUGUUUAUGUGGAUCGAAGAUAUACUGGGGAAAGGAGCAUCAAUAGGCCUCCAAAGGUGAAGGAUAGGGGAGAUUCUUAUGAAAACAGAAAGGAAGAUUCCUACUGGGGUGGCUCAAGUAGCCCACCUUAUGAGGACGCUUAUGAACGCCGUCGUAGUGAACAACCUGGUUCCAGAAGUCCUGGAUAUUAUCAAGGUGAUCACAAGAGAAGUCCUGGCCGCCUUGAGGUGGUAGAUGAAAAGCGUCUAGAUGAUAAAAAUGGGAAUGGAAGCCAACACCGAAAUUUUGAAGAUCGCCAGUCUUCAAAUGGAAUUCCAAGGCCAGGGGAAAGGUCACCAAGCCAUCAGAAAGAUGUUAAUGCACCCAGUCCCCCCAUGGUACGAUCUGUCAGAGAUAUUCUAGGUGAUGAUAUUCCAUCUGUUUGGAUUAAUGAGCCACCCAAGUCAAAUGCAAUCCAGGCACCUGGUAGUCCUGCACCAGCACAGGCCACUGCACCUUCAAGCAGCAGGGGAUCCAGUGCUGGAAAUCCUGUGGAAUUGAAGAGAGUGAACUCUGGUAGUUUGAUUGAUUUUAGCACAGAUCCUGAACCUCCUGCUGCUGGAGCAUCGCAUCAAUCUCUGCCUCAAGAAACUGCCUCUCCACCUGUUAAUGGUGGAGGUUGGGCAUCUUUUGAUGUUGUUGCCCCUCAAAAAGUACCUCAAGCAGCUUCAAGUGCAAGUCCUUUUGAAUCUGUACUGGCCGAAUUGUCAGCUCCUGGAUCCGCACCUGUUGCCAACUUCUCAAUCUCGCACGUUGCUGGAGUUGAUUCCUCUCCAAGAACUAAUAAUGGAGGGCAAUGGCCAACUGCAAAUCAGCAUCAUCUUUCUUUAUUCUCAGCUGCUGAUGUUCAAUCUAUUAAUCCAUCCUAUAAUGCACCUACUGUGGGAGCUCCAAACAACUGGCUAUGGGGUUCUUCACUUCCACCAAACUUACAAGGACCUAUGGCUACUCCAACUGCACUAUCUUCCCAAGCUGUGACAAAACCACCUCAGGAAAACAGUGCUGGAAUUUCAUUGGAGCCUCCUUCCUCAGAAGCUAAACCUAGUGGGAGAAAAGAACUUCCAGAGGAUAUUUCUAUGACACUUUACCCGCCAGCACCUGCACUUAUUCCAGGUUGGCAGACAGGCCUGCAUCGUGGCAUGGGGCAUGGUAUGCAAUAUCCAAAUGCAGCAGCAUUGCCAACAAAUCCUUAUUCAUCAAAAUCUAUGAAUCCAUUUGAUCUUGUCAAUGAGCGAAAACUACCACAUGCUUCCACGUUCCCAUCUUUGACAUCCUUGCAAGGAGCAUUACCGAACCUGAACAUGAAUAACAUGUCAGCUUUGUUGCAUACUUCCAGCCUCGGUUCCCCCUCCCCACUGUGGGUGCCCCCACAACAACCAUCCUAUCCAUCGGCUGUGACUCCAAGUUCCUCCAUGAUGCACCAGGGUGUGAAUCACAUGCCCCAGCAAGUACCUAAUAGUGCAUUUCCUGUUGUGCCUCAAAGAAUUGGAGGUUUGGGCACUGAGGGUGCUGCAUUUGCCUUUUCAGGCAUGGAUCGACAUUCAGCUGCUAGAAGCUACCAAUCGGGCGCCCCAAAUUCAUUUGCUACUGUUGGAGGAAAUCCUUUUGGAUAGUCGCAAUAAUCGACGGUGGUAUUUGCUAUUUCUAUGUACUUUAUCAUACAAUGCCUGUUAGCAUUGAAAGUCUCAGCAGAUUUUCUUUGGUUGGGAUUGUUCGAAGAAGCAGUUCUAUUGAGUUACAUAUCCUCGGUCUGUUAUCUGUCUGGUGAGACUUAAAUCAGAAGUUAUGAUGUAAACUGAGCAUGGAUAGAGGCAAGAGCACUUCCUGAUUGUGGAAGGGUCAUGCCGUCACAGUGGUUCAAGGACUUUUUUUUUUUGAAAAAAACCUUCCAGUGUAUUAUAAAUUUUUAGUGAGUCAUGGUACUGUUAUGCAUGUUUAGGGCUCCAUAAUGUCUCCGUUAAGAGUUCAUUGUAAUCUUUAUUUUAUCACUGUCAUCAAUUUUGGGGUGCAUAAUUUUUUGGUUAGGGUUUUUUCUGUUUAUUUUUUUUAAUUGUCCACUUAGGUGGUUACUGAGUUUGUGAAGGAACUUCUUGUAUCAGUUGACUGAAAAUUCAAUGAGAAUGUACUUGAAUAUCUGUGCUUGUGGUCA